GGGACAUGACUCAUGAUCAGAACCAAAACAAAACGUCAUAUUAUAGAAAGGAUCUGACUGAUAGAAAUAUUUGAGGGGAUAAACUAAAAAAGAAAGGCAAUGUUUGCACAAGUUCCACCUAAUCACCAAGCAUCAUCAAACAACUCAGCUCUAUAUGAGGAGGUCAAGUUAUACAGAACAGCAAGGGAUAGAGAAAAGUAUGACAAUAUGGCUGAUUUAUAUGCUGUGAUCAACACACUUCAAAGUAUAGAGAAAGCUUACAUCAAAGAUGCUAUCCAGGCUAAAGAAUACACAGCUGCCUGUUCCAAACUGCUGGUACAGUAUAAAAUAGCUUUUAAACAAGUACAGAGUGAAUUCAAAACAGUGGAAGAAUUCAUGAAAAAAUACAGGCUCGACUGUCCUGCAGCACUAGAAAGGAUAAAAGAAGAUCGACCAAUCACAAUUAAAGAUGACAAAGGAAAUACCAGUCGAUGCAUUGCAGACAUUGUCUCAUUAUUUAUUACAGUGAUGGAUAAAUUAAGAUUAGAAAUCAGAGCUAUGGAUGAGAUACAUCCAGAUUUGAGAGAACUAAACGAGACUAUGAACAGACUUAGCAUCCUUCCAGAAGAUUUUGAGGGGAGAGAAAAAGUAAAAAAAUGGUUAGAUACAUUGAGUGGAAUGUCAGCACAUGAGGAGUUAGAUGAUGGACAAGUUAGACAGAUGUUAUUUGACUUGGACAGUGCCUAUAAUGCAUUCAACAGAAACUUGCAUGACCAUUAAUUACCUGUGUAAUAAUUAAAUAUGAUCUGUGAAAAACAAUAUUUAACUUCAUGUAAAAUAAAAUGUUUUAAUCAUUUUUACUUUGUAAAACAUAUGUUGCAACUGAAAUACAUUUCAAUUAGAAUUGAUAAUUGUAUUAUGAUGAUUAUUUUAUUUGUUUAUAGAAAAAUAAUACAUGUACAUGUAUACAAAUUUAAUGUGUUAUUUAAUCUAUUAAACUGUAUGUUCUAAUUAUCAUUAUUGUCUUUCAAAUUUUAAAUUGAAAUAUUAAAGUUACUUUGACAUUAUGUCCAUAUUAAACAACAUUAUAAGUUAUUGGAAAAAAAACCUAAAUAGGUGAUGAAGAUGUAUUUUUUUUUUAUUUUGACAGUCUAUGAUAAAGUUUUGAGGCCAAAACAUUGAACUUGACUUAUGAAUUUCAUGUCAAGUUUUGUUUUCAAAAGUCCAUUUAGACUGAAGUUAUAAUAUAUAUGUUUGGGGUAUCUUGGAGUCUCUGUUUUACAAUGCAAGUAAGAUGGGCAUGUCAUACUUUCCUGGGGCAUCUGUUUUUUUUAUAUAAAAAUUCAAACCACAAUAAUUUAUACAGUGUACCAGUAAUUAUUUGUUAUUAAUAUAUUGUUAUGUAUAGAUAUCUAUUGUAAGGUUUACUUCUGUAAAUAUUUUGUGCAGUACAAUGCAAACUAUUGUUUUGAAUGACUUAUUUUGUAAUGAAUGUUGUGUCUGUAGUGAAAAAAACCCAAUCACUUAACCAUUUUAUUCUCUAGUUAACAUCAGAAAAAAUAUUUUUUUCUCUAAAAUUAGGAAAUAAAAAGUAGUUUAAUUUUCAAACUUCAAAGAUAAUUACAGUAGUUAUUAACACAAAUUGCCUUUUAUUUAGUAGCUUACUUUUAAUAAAAAAAAAACACAUAUUAAUGAACUUGAAUUUUAUAGAUGUUCCCUAGUUAACAUCAGAAAUUUUUUUUCUUCUCUAAAAUUAGGAAAUAAAAAGUAGUAUAAUUUUCAAACUUCAAAGAUAAUAACAGUAGUUAUAAACACAAAUUGCCUUUUAUUUAUUAGCUUACUUUCAAUAAAAAAAAUACACAUAUUAAUGAACUUGAAUUUUGCGACACAAGCAUUUUUUUGUCCCUCAUUUUAUUUUGGAUAAACAAAUUUAAUGAACAUUUUUGAAACCCUUAUCAUAGUUUUGUUCAAUAAAACGUCAUUGUAACUUAAUGUAAUGUUUUGAAAUAAUACUUCAAGAGAACCAUCAAGUUAUCAGGUGAGAUGAUAUGUACAUUCUUACUUCUUAAUACAUUAUUGUCAAUAUUCUAAAUAUUUCUAAGGAGAAAACUUUAUUGUACAAAACUAUUUUCAAACAAUAAAGAGUAAUUUUUA